GUUGCUCUGCUUUCGUGUAGUUCCCGUCUUUCCAAUCCCCUGCUCACUCGCAGCCUUUAGCUGCCACAAAGUCCAUUAAAAAAGCAUCCGAAUUUGGUGAAAAUCCAUUGCUUUCUUUGGGAGAAGUGAGAGAGAGAGAGAGAGAGGCAUCAUGGCUUCUAUAUGAAAGGUCGGCAUCUUUGAGAGAGAGGAAAAAGUUUAGGAUAAAGGAGAAGAGGAGGAGGAGGAGGUUUGAUCACUCUUGUUGCAGUCCCCACUGAUCGGCGUGCUCGGGAGCUGUGAAAAAAUUUGAGCUUUUUUAAGCUGAAGGUCACUAUGAUCACGGUUCUUUCUGGUUGGAAUCGUGUUGGGUUUCUGGAGAGAAUUUAGGCGGAUUGGGGUUAUCUUUUGAGAAAGGGCAAAGUUUGAAUGAUAAAGAUGGGAUUUUUAUAUGCCACUGAGGAGGUGUUUCUAAGUUCAGUUGUGGUUGAUGGUUGAUGGUUGGUUUUGAAUGAUAAGCUGUUGAAUUAGAGAUGUCUUCUGUUCAAGAGCCAGUGAAACCAUCAGGGACACUGCUAGAGGAGAUGAAGCUUUUGGGAGAGGCUCAGAACAAGCAAGGUGUUAAGAAGGCCAUAAACUCUGAGCUAUGGCAUGCAUGCGCAGGGCCUCUUGUUUCGUUGCCUAAGCCUGGAAGCCUCGUGUAUUACUUCCCUCAAGGACACAGUGAACAGGUGACAGCAUCGACGAGGAAAACAGCAAACUCACAUAUUCCUAACUACCCGUCUCUUUCCUCUCAGUUGAUGUGCCAAGUUCACAAUGUCACUUUGCAUGCUGAUAGGGACACUGAUGAGAUCUAUGCGCAGUUGACUCUUCAGCCGGUGAAUUCUGAAAUGGAUGUCUAUCCUAUUCCAGAUUUUGGACAUUCAAUAAGCAAGCAACCAACUGAGUACUUCUGCAAGAACUUGACUGCAAGUGAUACAAGCACACAUGGUGGCUUUUCAGUGCCUCGCAGGGCUGCAGAGAAGUUAUUUCCACAACUUGAUUACUCAAUGCAACCUCCAAAUCAGGAGCUUGUUGUCAGAGAUUUACAUGACAAUUUGUGGACAUUUCGACACAUAUAUCGGGGACAACCAAAACGGCAUCUUUUGACUACUGGUUGGAGUUCAUUUGUGGGUGCAAAACGGCUCAAAGCUGGUGAUUCUGUCCUGUUUAUCAGAACUAUUUAUAGGGAUGACAAGUCGCAAUUACUGUUGGGUGUGAGACGAGCCAACCGGCAACAAAUAACAAUACCCUCUUCAGUGCUUUCUGCCGAUAGUAUGCAUAUGGGUGUCCUUGCUGCCGCAGAUCAUGCUGCAGCUAGUCGAAGCCCUUUCACUGUUUACUAUAAUCCAAGGGCAUGCCCGUCUGACUUUAUCAUUCCUCUGGCAAAAUACCAUAAAGCUGCAUACACUCAGGUUUCGGUAGGAAUGAGAUUUGGGAUGAUGUUUGAAACUGAAGAAUCCAGUAAACGCAGAUAUAUGGGCACAAUUGUGGGUAUCAAUGACUAUGAUCCUCUGAGAUGGCCAAAUUCACAAUGGCGUAAUCUGCAGGUGGAAUGGGAUGAACAUGGCUAUGGUGAAAGACCGGAAAGAGUUAGUGUGUGGGAAAUUGAGACUCCAGAGAGUCUUUUUGUUUUUCCGCCUGCAACUUCAAGUCUAAAGAGACAAUGUCUUCCAGGUUUUGUUGUGCCAGGAGUUCAAAUUGGAUUUGCGAAUUCUAGUCCUUUAUUACAGGCUCCUGAAAAUGGGAAUGCUGUACUAAAUCCUUUACUUUCUGACCAUGAUUCUCAACUGCUGCUACUCCAAGGUCAGAAGUCCUGCCUGAACACCCAUCUUGGAUCACAGCAAUCAAUUUAUGCAAGCAUCUUUCAGAACAUUCGGGGACAUAACGGCACUAAAAUUGUUCCUUACUGUCCUAUGCCUUCGAUUUCCACUAUGAGAAGUCAAGUGCCGCAUGAAGCAAAAACAGCAAUAUUACAGAAUGACCAUUUAUCUCUGAUGCAGCAACAUAUACCAUUGCAAAGUGUUUUGCUGCAGAAUGAGAAGCCCCUUCCUUUUGUAGACCAGCAACAUGUUGAUGUAGACUGUGUAUCUUGGACUAUGAAGGAACCGCAAGAAUCACUACCGGAAAAGUCAUUUCCUGACAGGCAUCUGCCAGCUAAAACAGAAGGCGCUGAGCGUAGCACCUGCCUGCCCGGAAACAGUUGUGAAACAACUUCUGUGGAGUCAGAAAUACCAUCUGCAAAACCACCAAAUGAAGUGAAUGAGCAUUCUUCAAAUCUGCAAAGAACAUCACCGCAGCAGUUGCAAGCAGAACAUCACAGCGAGAGUAAGGAAAACAUCAUAGCAGAUACAAUUGCAAAUGAUGAACUGAAAUUUGAAGGACAGAGUGAUCCACUUCCAAAUGAGCCUCCAUUAUCAAGAAAAGAUUCAUUGGAUUCUGUCAGUAUGGAUAAUCCAACUAUCUUGCCAUUACAUGAAGGGUACUUCCCUUCUCAUAACUUGGACCAUGAUGACUGGAUUUUCCGUCGGUCACCUGAUCACUCCAUUAUUGAUCCCCUGAAAGAGCCUGAGCAAGGAUUCCUGUUUUCAUCAGCUUCGGAUUCUACAAGUCUCUCAGGAGACAUAUCAACUUUAGUUAACCCUGAAAACUUUAGCUCUUUUGAUAUGUAUCAAUUCUCAGGCAGUUCUGAUUCUCAUAGUCCCCAGUGUCUCCCAUCCUUCAUGCAAGAAUUCUUUAGUCCUCAGGACCUAAACCCUCCAAAUGUGGAACAUGGUGCUCCAGCUCCUGGUAUUCUGUCAUAUGAGAUGCAUGAUUUGGAAGCAAUUCGUGAAGAAGGAACUAAGUUAUCAGGAAUAAGAGACUUUCCGAACGGGAGUUAUGUGCAGAGUGAGGCUUGCAACAACACAAACUUUAUGCCCGAUGCUCAUGUUUUAAAUACGAGUAUAGAAAGCUCCGGCAAAUUGAAGAGUUCUUGUUUGCAAGUUCCUUCUGGUAGUUUGAUCCGCAACUGGAGUUCAAAUCAAGAUAUGCAAUCUCAGGUCACCUCAGCAAGCCUUGCUGACUCUCAAUUCUACUCCUUCCAAGACAUACCUGACAGCUCCGGCGGUACAUCAUCCGGAAGUAUGGAUGUCAAUGAAUACAGCUGCUUAAGUAGAGGUACAAGGAAGCAAGUGUCACCCCUGCCUUUGCGGACAUAUACAAAGGUUCAAAAGCUAGGAUCCGUUGGGCGAUCGAUUGAUGUUACACGCUUUCAAAAUUACCAGGAACUGAAAUCUGCCAUUGCUUGCAUGUUUGGGCUUGAAGGUCAACUUGAUGAUCCAAUUAGUUCAGAGUGGAAACUAGUGUAUGUUGAUUAUGAAAAUGAUAUUCUUCUCGUCGGAGAUGAUCCAUGGGAGGAGUUCGUCAACUGUGUAAGGUGUAUCAAAAUUCUGUCACCUUCUGAAGUGCAGCAGAUGAGUCAGGACGGGAUGCAGUUAAGUAACACCUCGAACAUCAACCCAGAGAUUCUGUACUCUGAAAGGUAGACAUGCCGGAGAUUUCUACGCGCUGCGAAACAAAAAGAAACUACAAAUAAUAUUUAUCUUGCAAGUUUAGUGAACAACGAGGAAGUUCCGACUGGAUCGAUGAGAAAAAUAUUAAGGAGCUCUAAAAGUCGGUGAGAUCCAUGCAAGCCGCAUUUUAACCUUGCUGACUUAAUGAAAAAUCUGACAUUCUUUUCUAUUUAAGUGGUAGUUUUCGGAGGCUUGAAGUUCAUGAUGUAGUUCUGUUGUUUAUGGGAACGUUGGUUACUUGGGAUGUCAAACCAAGUGAUGUAUCACCACUAGUUUGUAUGUGAUUUCAGGGUGGUCUAUGAACUAAGAGAUAAAUAACUGUUGUAUAUUGUGCUCUAACUGCCUUAAUGAGAUAAGAUAUUGUACCA